GUUAUGGUACUACCAAAAAUCUUCAAAGUGCCUUUGAUCAAUUUUUAGCUAGUGCUGAAGCUGGUAAUGUUACUUCUCAAAUGGAUUUAGGUAGAUGUUAUGAAGAUGGCAUUGGUAUUAAAAAGAAUAUUCCUAAAGCUAUAGAAUGUUAUGAAAAAGCUUCUAAAGGUGGUCUCGCUCUUGCUCAAAAAAAAUUGGAUAAUUUAUUAAAACAACAACGCCGACUUCAAAGCGCCACUAAAAAACAACCACAACACCUACAACAACUGCAACUAUCUGAAAGUACUGUAAACGCUAUUUAGUUUAUUGUAAUUUUGUAUUAUUAUAGUCAAUAAUAAAGAAAAAUAG